UCCCACUCAUUCUCCCCAAACUCUCUGAUCUCCAUUCUCUCAUAGUCCAUGGCCAAUACUUUCAAUACCAGUACUAAUUCUUGCACAGCUCCAUCUACCAAACUUAGAAAGUUCACACCCCACAAUCACCAGCAACAAGAUGAGGCAUCGCUACCAGGACUACCUGACCACAUAGCCCAACUCUGCCUUUCUGUCGUCAAUCCUUCUCUUCUUUACUCUGUGUGCCACUCAUGGCAGCGCCUAAUCUAUUCACCUUCCUUCCCUCCUUUCUUCUCUUUAUACGCUCUUUUACAUCAUUCCCAGCCUUCAAAUUCCAAUUCCAAUUCAAUAGAAUUCUUCAACUUCGAUCCCAUCUCAUCCACUUGGGACCUCCUUCCUCCACCACCACCACCACUUUGUGUCCUUCUCCACCACCCAUCUUUCAUAUUCCGAAACCUUUCGAUUCAAUCGGUCUCUUUCUCUCAGAACCUUGUUCUCCUCGCCGCCACCACUCAUAAUUUCGCACCUGCACUCUCUCACCCUCUCAUCUUCAACCCGCUCUCCAAGACAUGGUCCUUCGGACCCCCACUCGCCACACCGCGCCGCUGGUGCGGUGCAGGCGCAGUGCGCGGCGCGGUAUAUGUGGCGAGUGGAGUGGGAUCCCACUUCUCCAACGACACUGCUCGUUCGUUGGAGAAGUGGGAUCAUGGCGAGUGGAAAAAGAAGAGCAGGCUUAAAGAUGCAAGAUAUAGUAGAGAUGCAAUCGAUGCAGUUGGGUGGAGAGGGAAGCUUUGUAUGGUGAAUGUGAAAGCAAAAGAAGGAAUUGUUUACAAUGUUGAUAAAGAUGAGUGGGAGGAGAUGCCCGAAGGUAUGCUUUAUGGGUGGAGAGGACCAGUGGCAGCCAUGGAUGAAGAUGUGAUGUAUGUGGUGGAUGAAGCCAAGGGUGCUUUGAGAAAGUAUGACCAUGAGAAGGAUUUGUGGGAGGAGAUUAUGGAGUCAGAGAAGCUCAGAGGGGCACAACAUGUGGCUGCUGCUGCUGGAAAACUGUGUGUAGUUUGUGGUGAAAAUGGGAUUGUGGUUGUAGAUGUGUUGGCCUCUCCUGGGAGAUUGUGGGGGGUGGAUUUGCCUAUCGGUUUUGAAGCUUUGAGAGUUCAUAUCUUGCCAAGGAUGAGUCGCCCAGAUUUUGAUUUUCCGGCUGUACCGUCUAUAUCCAUGGAAUGAUAUUUUUUAUUUAUU